AUGCGUGUUGUUCCUAAUUUGCAGGCAACGGACAAUAUGAACGCCCUCCGCUCGUUUUGGAACAGUCCAAUUGGUCCUAAAACCACUCAUUUCUGGGGUCCUACUUUCAACUGGAGUCUUCCUAUUGCGGCUGUAAUGGAUACUCAGAAACCACCGGAAAAGAUAUCUGGCAAUAUGACUACAGUCAUGUGUCUUUACUCGGGAAUAUUCAUGCGGUUUGCUUGGGUGGUCAAACCGCGGAACAUACAUCUUCUUAUAUGUCAUAUGUCUAAUGAGACAGUACAAUUGUAUCAACUCUCAAGGUGGAUCAGAUCUCAAAGUGACACAGACCUCAAGAAAGAGAAGGAAGAUGAGUAA